AUGGAAAAGCGAUGUGUUUCGGAGGCAGUGGUUGCAUCGCUUGUCAAAAGCGAGCCCGCAGAGGUGCGACCCGGUUUCGCUAUCGCAGACGCUGGCAUGACCAACUAUUGCCUCUGUAAGGAGGACCUCUGCAAUCAUGACAGCCUCUUAGCUCAAGCGCAAAUUUCCGGUGUACGAAAAUCAGAACCAGCACCAAAACCGAAAACCCCCGCUCUGGAGGAAGUGCAGGCGCCGGAGAACAACAUGCCCAAGCAGCCAUCACCCGAAGUGACGCACGUUUUCCUUGACAGCGAUGAGACGCCAAGCGUGGAAACCUCUCAAGUCCCUGAGCCGAGAGAGCCAAAGAUUUUCCUACUGAUCCAUUGCCACCGUUCGUACGAACACAUCCAUCUGGACCAUUACCUCAUUCUGGCUGCUCCUGAACUGCCUGUUGUCAAGACUGCCCCCGUGCCUCCUGCACCUACAGCAAGGCAGUCGGAGCUACCUCCUCAAGUCAUUGCUGCUGUUCCUUCCAUUCAUCCGGUACCGAAAGAGCAGCAGACGAACUCCUUCCCAUCUCCUCAAAGUCAACAAAAUCGUGAUCGCGAUGAAGCUGAUUUGACACCGGUGCCCAUCGAAGCUGUUGUUCAUCAAGGCGCCGGCAAAGUGGAGCAGCAGAUAGAAAGG